AUGCUCGCCAAGACCAUCUUCGCAACUGCCCUUCUGGCAUUCACUGUCGCUGCUAUCCCCGUGGCCCAGCCCCAGGGCGAAUUGAUGAAUGACCUCGACAAGGCUAUUCAGAACAUCGGCUCUAUUGUUGGCAACGCCGCUGGUAAUGGCAACGGCAACGGAAAUGGCAACGGCAACCCAAUCGGUAACGGCAAUGGAAACGACAACGGCAACCACAGUGGCAACGGCGGUAAUGGUAACGGCUCGGGCAACAACUUCAACCUAGGGAAACCAUAAACGCUCACGCCAGCGUAGAACGGCC